CGCCUCAGAUUUAUCCCGGAAGUCGAUGUGUUGUGAUGACUCACGUGUGUUGCACACGCGGAACAGACAACAACAAGACUAAGAAUUGAUCAGUAUGUUCACAGAAGGCACUUUAACAACAGACGUAACACAGCUAACAGACAAAGAUUACCAACAUGUAGCCAAACUGAACGCGCUGAUCCGACAAGGCGAUCUGUGCGCGGUGAAGCGGUAUGUUGAGGCAAAACACAUGUACCCGCCGGCUUACUAUCGCCAGUUUUGUUAUUCUUCCGUGAAGCGCCAGGACUAUUUCCCCGUCGGGGUCGCAGCUCAGUGUGGAGAUGCAGAAAUGGUGAAUUGUUUGAUCUAUUUGGGGUUCAGCUUAGACGAAACGAACUAUGAGACAGAAUUAUGCAAUUUCGUCUUCCCGAUCCAUAUAGCGUGUUUGGAGGGACAUGUCGGUGUUGUCAAAUGCCUUGUUGAACAGUAUGCCGUGGAUGGUGUUGAUUGGAAGGCAACUGGAAUUUCUCCAAUAGCAUACGCUGUUAAUAAGGGGAGAUUGGACAUCAUUAAGUAUUUCAUUAACCAUGGGAUGUCUGUUGAUAUUACUAUUGGCAAACAAGAAUCGUCUCUGUUGUCUAUGGUGGUUGACAAAAAACAGCGUGACAUUGUUCAGUACUUGGUGACUCAAAAUGUGGAUGUUAAUUCGUGUGACAAAAACGGUACCACCCCGCUACACAUUGCUGCAAGUCACGGAUGUCUUGAAAUAGCGCGAGAUCUCAUAGACGCUGGAGCAGACGUGAACUCGACAGACGAGAGAGAACAGACACCUUUUUUCGUGGCAGUGUAUCACCGAAACACUGACAUGACCAAACUUCUGCAAUCUCGUGGAGCUGAUCCCGAAAGCCCUGAUAUAAGGGAAUGGACGCCAUUACACCAGGCCGUGAGACACGGUUUCUACGACGUCGUUCGCUUGCUCAUUGUCGACCUCAACGUGGACAUGUUGCCGAUGAAUAGUGUCUACCACACCGCGUUUAUUCUGGCUCUCUACGCAAAGAAUGUAAACAUAACGGACCUGUUCAUCAACGCAGGGUACGACCCGACGUUUGAGCUGGAGAUGUAUGACGAAGACGACGCCGACAGUGGCGAUGGCUACGACUACGACCGCUUGUACGAUCUGCCACUAAGAGCUCCGGAGGCAGCGUGGCAACUCAAGAUGGAGCAGCUAAAGGCCUUCGUUUGUACGCCGCGGAGUUUGAAGGAACUAGCUUGCUUUGAGGUACGGGACUGCUUGGGACAGCGCGUCCAGACUGGUGUAGACCUACUUCCAUUGCCUCUGAAACUUAAGAACUUUGUCAAACUCCGACAUGUGCCUUGUUAUCACUGCAAGACUGGUAAAAGAAAGAAAUGGUAGUGUGAGGGGUGUAUCUUUUGAAUAUUGUCCACAACGCAUCCAAUAAAUGUCAAAUGUCCAUUCUCAA